GAGCGGAGGGGGCCGGCGGCCCAGGAGGGGAGGGGGCCGGCGGCCCAGGAGGGGAGGGGGCUGGCGGCCUAGUAGAGGAGGGGGCUGUUGCCCUACGGGCCCUGCCGGGCACUGAGCCCUGGUACAGAAACCGGCUGGGCCAGAAGGUGAUUCAUUUGGUGAAGUUCCUGCUCCUGAAGAAUCGAAGGAAGGAGACCACCACGAAGGCAGAAAUCCUGGCUCUGGUCAUCAGAAAGCACAAGAGACACUUCCCCGUGAUCUUCAAGAGGGCCUCGGAGGUCCUGCAGCUCAUCUUUGGCAUCGACGUGAAGCAAGUGGACCCCAGCAGCCACUCCUACGUCACGGUCCCCACCCUGGGCCUCACCUACGACGGGAUGUCGCCGAGUGGUGCCCCGAGCGCACCCAAGACCAGCCUCCUGAUCCUGGUCCUGGGCGUGAUCUUCCUGGAGGGCAACUGCGCCCGUGAGGAGAAGAUCUGGGAAGCUCUGGGCAUGAUAGGCGUGUAUGCUGGGCAGGAGCACUUCAUCUACGGUGAGCCCCGGAGGCUCCUCACCAAAGACUGGGUGCAGGAGAAGUACCUGGAAUACCGGCGGGGGCCCGGCAGCCUUCCUGGCUGCUCGGAAUUGCAGUGGGGCCCGAGGGCCCACGUGGAAACCAGCAAGAUGAAAGUCCUCGAGUUUCUGGCCAAGGUCAGUGGCACUGACCCGAGUUCCUUCCCAUCCCAGUAUGCAGAGGCUCUGAGGGAAGAGGAAGAGAGAGGCCGAGCCCCAGUCACAGCCAGAGCUCGCACAAGGGCUGUGGGUUGUAUCUGUUCCGGGGCCACGUCCAGCGUCUUCUCCUGCCCCCUAGGGCAGGAGGCGGACCCUCACUCUGUGCUUGAAGAGGGCGGUCAGCAUGCCAAGUAG